AAUGCCUUAUCUAAUAAAUAUAAAAUUACGUUUAAUCGGCAUAUUAUUUCCUUUUUCAAGAUCUAAAAUCGUUUCGGAACAAAUUCAUAAUAUAUUCUUAAUUUUUGCAGCUACAUUUAGGCACCCAUCAAACCAGCAAUGAAAAACUUUCACCCAUAAGACAUCGGAGUUUUCUACUUGCUUUACCAGCUAACGUCAUGAAGAAAACAUCUAAUUUGGGAUAAAAAAUAAAAUAAUAUUAUUAAAAUAAGCUCUUCAUUUGGAAGGAAUCUUAUGUUUUUAAAUGUUAUUCAUUCUUCUAAUCUACACCUCUAAGUCGGCGACAUCAGUGACCACCCCAUCUAACCUUUAUAUCAUCGUAGCAUCUGUAGUAGUGAUAUGCGUUAUAUCUCUGUUUAUAUUGUAUUUGUUGAUUGUAGCCUUUGCGAAAUGUAGAAGAAAAAAGGGGAGUUAUGAUUCGAUUGAUAGCUUAGGAAAAAAAAAAAAAUAUCCAAUGAUUUCUGCUGGAAUUGCUAGUGAUAAAUCCUGGUUAAAUCGUAAUGGAAGGAAGAGGGCAAAAGGGGAUGAAUUAGAAUUUUCCAGUACUAAUAGUUCUCUGGAAGAUUUAGAAAAAAUUCCUUUAAAGGCGGAUUCGAAACUGAAAUUUAGCAAUAGUAAGUUAAAGGAAUGCUUGACUAAGCCCUUCGAGGCAUUAUGGAACAAAGGAAUUAAAGAAAAAAUCCAUAAUGAUGAAUCUUGUUUUAAGCGCAAAUAUCAAAGGGGAAGCUUUUUCAGGGGUUAUGCUCAAUUCACGAUUCAAAUGGAUGUUCCCAACUUAAUCCUCGAACUAGAAUCGAACCUGGAUAAAUGGCCUAAUACCGGUUUAUUUCUAAAUAUAACAGUUAGGAAAUGUUGGGAUAUAACAAAUCGUUUUUUUUCAAGUCCAAUGAAAACUGCUGUAUUAAUUUCUAUAGAAGACAAACUUAAACUCUACAAGCGCAACUCUUACGAUGAUCUAGAUGCUACGACUAAUGUUACAGAUGGAACCUUAUCAGUAACAAAUUCAACCAGUCAUAAAAAAAAGAUGGUUUCAUUCGCAGAAAUGCCGUCAUCGAGUCUUUCACCAUUUAACCUUGUUAGAAAAUGUUCACCCGCCAAAAUAUAGGUCAGACCUUAUGGCAAUCCUCAAAAGAGUCUACUAUGAGUCACAUGACCAUGUGCACGUAUCUUACGACCAUCCAACCAUAGAUCGGGAUCAAGGCAGCCAAUCAGAUGAAAUCAACACAUGUGGCAAAAAAGCGUCCCCAAAUCAAAUAUUUUCACGCCAUUUUUUCCUAACCAAUAUGCAUAAUUGUAAAAGUGAUAGUACACCUACUGUAUUUGACGAAUGCGUGGCUUAUCAUUUCCCAUUGAUGGAAAUAACUAAAGAUGUGAAUAAGGUAGCCAAUGCUCAAAAGAUGCUUAAUAUUUUGAAUUCAGCGGAUAAUGAUAUUAGGAACAGCCUAAAAGAUGAUGAAUUAUUGUGGAAAGAAGGUAGCGAAUGGCUAGAACAAACUGUUCAAGCCAGAUUGGAUCAUUGCGUGUUUAGGUUGAUCCUGUUUGCCAAAACCAAAAUAGGGGGACUUAACGAAAAUGGGGAGAUUAUCGUGAACUUAGGCCAACUGUUGAGUAAAAAUUUUAAGUACCCAUUGAAACUUAAAUGGACAUCGGUAGCGUCACCACAAAUGCGUAACGAUAGUAUUAAACAGGGUACAGGAAAAAUGGAUGCUAACGUUAAAGAUUGCAAAAUUAAUAUGAGUUCCGUUUUUACACCCGACCAGUUUAACAACCCAAUAACAUUAACUAAGAAGCUAAGUUCGCGCACCAAGCCAAAAGGUCAAAUUUUGAUAACUCUACGGUACUUACCAACAUCCGGACGUCUGCAAAUAAAUUUCGAUAAAAUUAGAAACAUUCGAUUCCCAUUCUUCGCGCAAAAUAUUCAAGGUUUAUAUAUCAAGGUGUCACUCUGCUUAGACCGCAAACUGGUAAACAUCAAGAAGACUCCAACUUAUCAUAUAAUCCCUCAAAUACUGAUGUACCAGGUGGUUAAGGAUGGAUCCAAGGAAAAAGUUUUAAACAGUGCCAAUAUUUCCAAUAGCCCUCCUUCGUCCAUAUCUAAUCGAAACAAAAAAAAUAUUUUUUUAAAAUCGGGUGACAAAGAUAAGGAAAAAAUGCAAAAUUCUAAAGAAUUUGGCAGCGAGGAAAUCGACGAUGAUAACUUGGUGGGAAUCUUGAGGACGGAUACAAAAUCAAGCCUAGACUGCGACGACCCAGAAAAUCACGAGGGAUCUACAGUUAACACCAAUAAAUACUUUCUCAUGCCCAAUUUUCAGUUUCGGGAAUACUCGUCAUCUUCAGAUAACGAAGAGGGCCUGGGAGACCAAGGCUACUCGAAUGGCCCGAUAUUGAAGGACUUCGCCUACCGUUCAGAGAUUGUUGAAAGCAAAGAUUUAACUAAAAAGAUUAAAAAGAAGGAAACCAUCAAUGAUGGUGUGCCUACACCUACCAUGCUUUUCUUGCUCAACCCGGAUGAACAGAGGCGCGCUACACUCUUCGCGUGCUUGGUAGCCCUAGAUCCUGAAAACAAGGUUCAACUUUUUAGGAAAUUUACGGUUGGUUCCGUUAUUCUAGGCCCAAAAGGUAAUACCACGAGUAGGGAACAUUGGGAAGAAAUAAUUAAAAAGCUUAGAGAUCCGGUUUCAAAAUGGCAUGACUUGAUUUGAAGGAUAGUGGAAGGGCAAAGUCUUCGAAGUGUUUAUGAAGGACUAAUUGAGACACUUUCUUAUCCUUUUGUGUUUAAUAACCAA